AUGUGGAAGAGUGCUACAAGAGCGUUGGGUGUUGGCAAGCGUGCCAUUGGACGCCACCACGCACGGACCGGUGUUUUUGCCGGGGCCGGCUUGGCCUUGGUGUAUUACGAGCUAACCGACAAACAACCUGUGAUGAACGACUUUUUCAGAAAGUCUGCCAAUUCCAACACCAUCAGUGUGGCCGAGUACGCAAAGCACACGUCUCCAGACGAUUGCUGGGUGGCUAUUCGCGGCCAGGUGUAUGAUAUGACGGAGUUUCUGCCGAAUCACCCCGGAGGACGAGCUGCAAUUCUCCGAGUCAGCGGAUACGAUGCAACCGAGAUCUUCGAGCAGAUCCAUCCAAAGGGCACGAUUGAGAAGUUUUUGCCGAAAGAAAAGCAUCUGGGCCAGCUGGAUGCGCCGGCUCCGGAACUACAACAGGAAAUGGACGAAGCUGAGGUCCAGAGACUGGAAAAUGUGGAUAACAAGCCAUCACUUGAUGAAAUCAUGAAUUUGCACGAUAUGGAGUAUAUUGCCAAGAACACGUUGCCGCGGGGUGCCUGGGCGUACUAUUCCUCGGGGGCGGACGACGAAAUUACCUUGAGAGAGAACCACUAUGCGUACCAGAGAAUUUAUUUCCGGCCUCGGGUGUUGGUGGAUGUGAGCAAGAUCGACACAAGCACGACACUUUUGGGCACCAAGUCGAGUGUUCCGUUCUAUGUGAGCGCCACUGCUCUGGCGAAACUGGGCCAUCCGGACGGAGAGUGUUCGAUUGCUCGCGGAGCCGGCAAAGAGGGGGUGAUCCAGAUGAUUUCGACUCUUGCGUCCAACUCGUUGGACGAGAUUGCGGCUUCGCGCAUCCCGGGAGCCACCCAAUGGUUCCAGCUGUAUGUGAACGAGGACCGGAACGUUGCGUUUGACAUGGUCAAGCGUGCGGAGCAGCUUGGAAUGAAGGCCAUUUUCGUCACCGUGGACGCCCCUAGUCUGGGAAACAGAGAAAAGGACGCCCGGGUCAAGUUCAAGGGAAACUCGAAUGUUCAGCAGGACAAAGAAGUCAAACGCGACCAGGGAGCCUCGAGAGCGCUUUCUGCGUUCAUCGACACGAGACUGACGUGGGACGACGUGAAGAAAAUCAAGUCGACCACCAAGCUCCCAGUGUUGAUCAAGGGGGUGCAGCGGCUCGAGGACGUGGAGCAGGCGAUCGACGACGGAUUUGACGGCGUUGUUCUGUCCAACCACGGCGGACGGCAGCUGGACACGGCUCCAACGCCGAUCGAGCUGUUGGCAGAGGUUGUUCCCGAACUGAAGCGCAAAAACAAGCUGCGCAAAGAUUUUGAGAUCUUUGUGGACGGAGGAGUGCGUCGUGGAACAGACAUCCUUAAGGCAAUUGCCAUUGGCGGCAACGACGUGCGCGUCGGAGUCGGGCUUGGCCGGCCGUUUCUGUACGCCAACUCGGCGUACGGAGAAGAUGGUGUUCGCAAGGCUGUUCAGAUCCUAAAGGACGAGCUUGAGAUGAACAUGAGACUGCUGGGAGUUCGCAACAUCGACGAGCUCAACAGCACGUUCGUGGACACUAGGCGACUGUUGGGCCGUAGCGCUCCGGACGAGCUGUACGACCAGUUGUACAGUCCGCUCAAAACAGUCAAGUUCAAAAAUGAGUAG